CGGACCCCACACCGCCUCGUCUCGUGAACCGGCGCUACUACUUCUCCUGUGCUUUGACCACGACCUCUCAUUUGGCCACUUCCAUUUCCAUUCCCCCCACCACCGCGCAGCGGCGCAGGCAGCGAUGGUGACCAACGCUCGCCGCCGCCGCCGCCUCAGGUGAGCACGACGCCCCGCGCGCGUCCCCGCACCCUGGAAGGAAGAGCAGCAGAAGACGACUCCGACGCCCACGCCCGCCAUGGAUCCGGCGUCCGAGGAGCUCGAGCAGCGCAGCCGCUACCUCAGCUCGCUCAUCCGCCGCACCAAGCUCCACGCCGCGCCGGCGCUCGCCCCGCCCCCGCCCACGCCUCCCCCGGAGCCCGAGACGAAGCUGCAGCUGGAGAUGGAGCCGCAGCCGGAGCGAGUCGAGGAGGCCGCCAAGAAGCCGGCGGCGGUGGCCGCCGUGGUGGAGAAGAGGGAGGUCAAGGGAGGGGGUGGCGGUGGCGGCCAAGCUGGGAAGGGGAAGGGGAAGGAGAAGGAGAUGGAGAAGGGGAAGGAGGAGAGGAAGGUGUCGGUCCGGGUGCGCGCGGCCGACAUGCCGCUGGCGAUGCAGCGGCGCGCGGUCCGCCUCGCCUUCGACGCCGUCGCCGCCAUGCCGCGGCUCGACAGCAAGCGCCUCGCCCUCGCCCUCAAGAAGGAAUUCGACGCAACAUAUGGUCCUGCUUGGCACUGCAUUGUUGGUACAGGCUUUGGUUCCUAUGUCACCCACUCUGUGGGAGGCUUCUUGUACUUCUCCGUCGACAAGGUCUACGUUCUUCUCUUCAGAACCGCUGUCGAGCCAUUAGGCCAUCCACAAUGAGAUCAAAAAUCGAUUCAUUACAAGGUAAAAAAUUGCUGUGUAUUAUAUGUAUCUGACGUCCAAGAGCCGUAGAAUGUUAAGGUGAGUAGAACAAUCGUGGCUCUCCAUGGAAAUUAAUCUGCAGCCGAUGUAAACAUUUGGCAUCCAAUCCAUGAACUCUGGAAGCUUUUAGUUGAGUCACUUCUCCAGCAUGAAGAAAACUAGCUUUUGCUUCCGACCGUGCCUUGUAUGUUGUAUCUGGUUCUUAUUGAUCAGAGCUAGAAAACCUGAGCUGCGAGUUGUGGUACCUGAAAAAUCAGGGAAAUAUAGCGAGUCUGAUGAUGCUUCCCAUUUGGACUUCUUGGCUGAAA